AUCAUGUCGAAAACAGACAUAAUCGUAUGCAUGACAGAAUCUGCAGCUGUUUUCAUUUAUCACAGAUGAACUUUCUCAAAUCAACAGAGCGCGUAUAACUACUGUUAAUCCGGGCGGCCAUUGUCCUGAGUAGAAUCCACGUUAAUUAAAUCGUAGAACCUUCAUGCUACGUCAUACGCGUCAUUUCGUAUCACAUGAAAAUUCAUAAGAUUACAGUAAUAAUACCAGCAGUACCAAGCAGAAGUGAACACAGACGUACCUUGUAAACAGUACGAACUUUCAAAACAAUGCAGGGAACAAGGGCAACCCGGCUUAUUCUGUUGGCAGGAGUGCUCUCCGUGAAGACGUGGGCAAAAGACGCAGGUGACGCAAUAACACAUGCUUCUACAUUGCGUUUGGUCCAAGGACGGACUGCAAGAGAUGGCCGAGUUGAAGUACGUCGUUCCGGCGCCUGGGGUUCAGUGUGUGGCGAACUGUGGGACUUGGUGGAUGCUAAUGUUCUUUGCCGACUGUUGGGCUACAAUGAAGCCUUAGCAUAUUACCAAAAUAUCACUUUCAAGCAGAGCAAUAAUACAUUGUGGCUAACUGACGUACAAUGCGUUGGAAAUGAGAGUUCUCUUUUUCAUUGUGUUAACUCUGGCUGGGGAAAACGCACUUGCAAUGAAGGUCUUGCUGCUGGAGCAACGUGUUCUGAUAGAAGCUGGGGCAUCUCGUUGGCAAUACCACAGUAUGUUUCAAGCACACUGGACUCUCUUACAAUAAAGUGCAGCAUACCUGACGUGACAGAUAUAACGUACACAAUACAAAUAUGGUCGAACACAACUGACAAAUGGUAUGAUACUAAAUGCCGCCGACGAAGCAAUGUAGUUGGAUCGUGCGUUGUCAAGGUACCCAAGGCCAUAAUAACUCUUACUGGUCUGAGCCCCGGGCACAUAUACUACCUACGACUUGUUUCUCCUUAUCUGGUGUAUAGUCAGGUAUCGGAGUCAAUGGCUACGAAGGAAUUAGGUGAUCCGAGUGUACCACGAUUUGUCUCAAGCUCCGAUAGAUCUAUCACAUUAGUUUGGAAGCCAACUCCCACUGAGUUCACAAACUACUCAGUGGAAGCAAAAUGCUGUGGAGAAACUACAUGGAAAGCGGUGGAAUGUGUGGAAAAAUUAACUGAUACAGGAUGUACUGUUAGUAAUAACACAGCAACUGUUAUUGCUCUCAAGAAAGAUCAGGAUUAUCGUUUCAGGGUGUUGGCGCUUUACAAGAGUUGGAAAAGCACACCGAGUGCAUCAAGUGAAGCAAUGAGGAUAAAAUCAAACGAUGAUCCGUACAGAAUUUGGAUUGGUUCCAUGAAACAAGAAUGUGUAGCUUCGAAAAUAGGUGAUAAAAUAACUUUGUUUUGUCACGCUUCCGUUGACGAACCGACCAAUUACAAAUGGACAAAGGGGCAAUCUAUUCUUAAUAGCAGUGGAGAUGGAGUUCUAAAUGUGACGGUUUCUUCACUUGCUGACUUUGGAAUAUAUACGUGUCAAGUAACCACAUCAGACGAUGUAAAGCAGUACAAUAUCACUAUCUGUCAGAUACGGGUACUGAAAGAGGCAGCUACUAAAGAUACUAAAAACGGAACAGUUAUAGCUAUAAUCACCACUUGUUUUAUCUGCUUCGGAAUAUUUAUAAUUGUUCUAAUACUCUUAAAAAUGGCGCAGAUAUAUCGACGAAGGAAAAAACAGUUGAAGGAAACAAACCGCGAGGAGAUGGCCAUGCUGAAUUACAGACAAAAAUCAGUCAGAAAUAACAACGAAGCUGACGAGCUCGACUUUAAUAGCUGAGCUCCUACAAGUUACUAAUGUAAAUACGUUAACCACAGUUGAUGGAAUGACCGCCGUUUCUGCAAAUUUUCGCGCUGCUGAAAAAAUCGUACAUUUUACACUCUAUAGAUAUUAUCUCGUCUGCACUUUGAGGUUAUUGAAGGAGCCAAUGAUACUAAAGGUUGUGCUAAGUGCAAACGAGCGAAAAGGCGGGCGCGCGAAAAAACGGCGGGUAUCAGACAAAGUAAAAACUGCAUCCCGCAUGCGCUGUUUGUCGCUUGUCCUCUCUUUCGUUCGGCCGCUAACAGGUUGGCGGAACUCAGAAAAUUUUGUCGGCAGCCAGUUUUCUUCCUUCAACUGGCUAGCGAAAAUGGUUUUGGUAAAAUUAAGUACUGUGUACGUCCAUGUUUAACCUCGUUUCAUGAAUAGAACUGGUAUUUCUUUUGUUCUCUGUCAGAUACGUUAUUCACCACAGUGUUCUUGAACACACAUAGGCUUAAAAGUUAUCAGUAGCGUACAUGUGGUUCUUUUGCCCCAUAUGAUCAGAUCAAACCAGCCCCUAUUAAAAAUAACGAUUGCCUAAAUUUUACCUCUUAGAACAGAGAAUGCGCUUUAGUAUAAUGCUUUAUACCAUUGAGAAACAAAGAUAGCAACUAACUGAUGACUACAUUGAUUUUUACCUCGGAGAGGCAACGCUCCACCAACGAGAGAUUAAAAAUUGUCUUUAAAUAGCUUUGAUGGCGUUUUCUAAGUACAGUUUCAUAAGUUAUCGGUGUCCUCGCGGUUUAUUUUAUUUAUUCAUUU